GUACAGUACAAAAAAGUAUGGCCAGCCUUGCUGACCACCUCACCUCGCUCGGUCAAUCAUCAUCUCCAGAUGCAACGUUGUUGUUUUAGCCAUCUUCUUACAAAAAACACACGUGAAAACGAUUGCUGUAUAAAGUCUAGUGAGAAAAACUGAGGAGUGCAAAAGUGUUGACAACGUCUGCAAAGAUAUUCUAUCCAUUACAGUACGUGGGUGAUAACCUAUUGCGACAGGUAGGACCGUUUACCAGACAUGGCAGGUUAUGACACAUCACCUGUUUGCAAUAAUGGAUUCUCAGCUCGUUUAAUGACAGGCAAAGGACCCAACAUCAUCCCAGGGUCUCUAGGUCCUAAAAGCCCAAGGCAGCUACAUGGCAUUGGUAAAUCUCUAGAACAGCACAUGGAGGAGGAAGAGACGAUGAUUGCCAACCCUAAGCAAUCCAAGCCAACCACUUCACCACCUUCUAAGACAUUUCAUUGUAAAGAUACAGGUAGCUUGUGGAAGUCUGUACAAGACUGCCAUGCAUCAUUAAAUGUUGCUAAUCCUCGACAUUUUGAGUUUGCUGUGGCCAACCUAUGCUUUCUUCUCAAGGCUUCUGGCAAAGAACUGGACAAACAUGUCAAAACUGAAAUAGACAGAAUCUUCCAGACCAUUCGAAUUCUAGCCUUAGACCCAAAGAAGCGCCCCACAACCAGGAUGCAACUAUUGAAAGUUAUUGAGUUAAGAGCAAGACAUUGGGAUGUACAACAAAGAUCUGAUAAACAAAAGACGGCAUCUAUCCAUACAUCGGAUACUGGAACCUCUAAGACAGUAGUCAGCUCUACAGAGAUAAAAGCAACUGUGGAAAAGAGCCAUACAGAGUGUGCACAAAGCAAGUUAGCUUGUAAUGUGGACAUCAGAACUGAACUUCAUUCCACAGAUAGAAAGACAGAUACUAAACCACUGCUUCAACCUGUUGCUAAGACACAAAGUCAGCCAAUGCUCCAACCUGAUGCAAAACCACUGCAUCAUCUUGGUGCUAAGCCACACAGUCGGCCAAUGCUCCAACCUGAUGUUAAGCCACUGCAUCAUCUUGGUGCUAAGCCACAAAGUCAGCCACCGCUUCAACCUGUUGCUAAGCCACAAAGUCAGCCAAUGCUCCAACCUGAUGCUAAGCCACUGCAUCAUCUUGGUGCUAAGCCGCGAAGUCAGCCAAUGCUCCAACCUGAUGCUAAGCCACUGCAUCAUCUUGGUGCUAAGCCGCGAAGUCAGCCAAUGCUUGAACCUGAUGCUAAGCCAAUGCUCCAACCUGAUGCUAAGCCACUGCAUCAUCUUGGUGCUAAGCCACAAAGUCAGCCAGCUCCAAGUCAUAAGACAACUCAAAGUCCACCCAAGACAUGUGAUGGCUUCAAACUAGACAGUCCAAGCUCCACUGGUUUCUGGGAUGCUGUUACGAGACCACUCCCUGUCAUCCAUGAAGAGUCUCCUGAUACAACCUCCCAUUGCAGAGUCGAAGCUGGAGGUGAUUGUACUUAUCUUACUCUGUCUCCAACUGAGAGGGAGAAACAAGACUGCCUAGCAUUGCCUUCUGGUGAUGAAGAUGGCAAUCAAUUUGAAGAUGCUUCAUCAUCUCCUGUUAAAGCCAGUAUCAAGAGUACCCUAUUCAGAACCAUCAGCCCAGUGAAUACAGUCUCUGCGCGAACUCGUCAUCUAUCAGGUGGAUCUUCAAGUAGCAGAAGUCCAGUUGUCCAUCAGUACACUCGUGACUUUCUUCUCAAGUGUUGGAGCUCACCACUGUGUAGAGUAAUGCCAGCUGCUUUACAGCAUACCAUUCCACAUAGUGAUAUCCACUACAUUGUCAGAAUACCAACCUUUGAAGAUCCAACAUUCCUUCUAAUGGAUAAUACACCUCCGCCUAAUCUCAAAUCAGCCAGCAUUACCUCCUACUUUAAUAGAAGACGUCAUCCUACAUGGCCCAGUAACACCAACUAACCCACCAACAUAUCAGGACCUCCAUACCAGUAUUCAUCAGGUAUUCAUCAGCAGCUGACAAUCAAGUCUCUGUCUGUCUGUCUGUCUGUCUGUCUGUCUGUCUGUCUGUCUCAUACGUGUACAUGUAGGCAGCUUAAGAAAAAAAGAAGUUUUUGAAGCCAUCAUUUUGCCUUAUCCCUUUAGUCCCUUACCUCCCGAGUUUGCUGAAAUCCAAUUUCUCAAGAUUCUUGCAGUAAAUUACUGGAAUCGUAGUUCAAAUUUUAAAAGA